CGGCCAGAGCACUGUGACUAGGGUGACGAGGAAGGUAUCUCACCUUCAAGACAUGAAGCAUCUACUGACUGCACUCGUGGUUGUGCUGAGUGCCGCCCUGCCCGGUGAGCAGAUCCUGGGAUCGGCGGCCGGAGCCGGCUGCAGCCGCCGCUACCUGAGGCGGAUCAAUGGCAAGUGCUAUUACUUUUCCGUGAAGAAGAUGAACUGGCAUGGGGCGCUGAACAAUUGUCUGCGCAAGGGCCUGACUCUGGCCGAUCUGAGCAACCCACGAGAUUUCUAUGGAGCCAUCGGCUUCCUCAGCUCCAAGGGCAACACGGAGGACUUCUGGUUCGGGGGCAACGAUCUGCAGCACGAGGGCCGCUUCCAGUACAUCAGCAACGGGCGCCUGGUGCGCUUCUUCAGCAACUACAGCAUCGUGGAGCCCGCGGAGCACUCGGAAUGCGACGAUUGCCUCGAGGUGCGCAUCCGCUCCAACAUGACGGUGGUGGCCGAUGACAACUGCCUCGAGCGGCAGUACUUCAUCUGCUCGGAGCGCUACUGCGACGACUCCGGCGCCGGCUCCGCCGCCAAGCCCAAGCAUCACAGCCACGAGCAUCUGCAUCACUUCCACCACGACAUUGGCGACAGCGACGGCGACGAGGAGGAGGAGGUCAACGAUGCCCCGCCCCUGACCAGCGGCUCGGUAGAGCAUGAAGGCAGCGAGUCGGAGGGUGCCGUAGAGUUUGCCGAUCUGCCCGACGAGCUUAAUAUAACAACGUCAACAACGCAGAUGAUGGAGCAGAUGGAGCGGAUGCUGCCUACAGAUAUGGGACCUCCGCCAAGCGACUGGCCUCCAACAACGGUCAAAGAUGAAGAUGAAGAGGGAACCUCCGAUGUAGACUCAUCAUCUAUGGAAAACAUUCAACGGAAAUUGGGUUCUUCAGAUGAAGAAGGCGAGGACGAGUCACGGCCACCUGGUGAUGGACCUGGCACUCCACCACCACCGCCAGGAGGGGAAGGAUCUACGCCAGGAGGAGCAGAAGGGGAAGCGACUGAAGCGGGAGAAAGUAAAGCUACUACGGAGGAAGGAGGCGGAGAAACCAAAUCCGCUGAAGGUGGAGUAACGACAGCGGGAGAAGGUGGAAGAACUGCAGGCGGAGAAGGUGAGGAACCCACCGGGGGAGAAGGUGGAGCAGCUACUGCAGGAGAGGGCGGAGAUACUACUGCGGGAGAGGGUGGAGUUACUGCGGCAGGAGAAGGUGGAACAACUGCAGGUGGAGAAGGUGGGGCAACUACUGCGGGAGAAGAAGGAGGAACUACAGCCGGAGAAGGGGAAGGAGCUGCAGCCGGGGAAGGAGCCGCAGCCGGAGAAGGGGAAAAAACUGCUGCCGGUGAAGGUGGAGCAACUACUGCAGGAGAAGGCGCAGAAACAGCAGCCGGAGAAGGUGGAGCAACGACAGCCGGAGAAGGAGGAGCACCCACCGCGGCCGAGGGAGAAGCAACGACCGCGGGAGCAGGUGGAGGAACUCCUGCUGCUGAAGGCGAAGCUGCAACAGCGGCUGAGGGCGGAGCCACAGCAGCGGCACCCGAGGGAGAGGCCACGACAGCGGCGGCCGAAGGGGAAACGCCAGCAGCACGAGCACCGCGAGUACCUCGAUCACAACGAGCAGCACGAGCACCCCUAGCAGCGAUGCACCACCUAAUCUAAUGCAAAAUCCAGUUCUGUUUCUAUUAAAUCAUUCUAAAAUCAAAUAAAAAAUCCUUGAGCCAAA